CUUUCUCGUUCCAGUAGUCAUCCAGGACCUUGAUUUCCCUACGUGGAGAUUUGCUUUUCACUGGAAGCGGCGGAUGAGAAGGUACAAGGUCACCAUGUCCUCGACCUCGAAUCCAACAUAACUCUCCAGCUUUCAUUGGCCACCACAUCCUUCCGUCUUUGGCCGUGGAACCGUGGAGAAAGAUCAACGAUGAAAACCCUAACCGUCUCAUUCCCUAUUCCAUUCUCCGGCUCAAAUCAUCGACUGCCGCCGAUCCUCCUCGGCUUAUCUCGGAUCAAUCGAUUUACUUCGGAGAUAAAGGCUCAGAUCUCGAUCCGUUCCCCACCACUUGGCUUCGAUUACCGCACGGAGCUGGCGGAAGAGUCUCGGAAGGCGGUGGCGGCGGAGCACCCGGAGCUGAUGGAUCUCGUGAAUGACGGGAGGCUGGUGAUUGUCGAGAAGAGGCGAUUUGGACCGGUCCCCGAAUGGAGAAGGGAGUUCGUGGAGCCGGAGGCAAUCUGGCUUGUCGGAACUUCCCACGUCUCGCAAAAGUCCGUGAUGGACGUUGAGCGCGUAAUCAGGGCUUUGAGCCCUGAUAACGUUGUGGUUGAGCUUUGUAGGAGCAGAGCUGGAAUAAUGUAUGCAUCAAAAGAUGUUGAGGAUGCUUCACUCAAAUCAAAUAUGUUCUCCCUAGGUGGCACAGAAUUUUUUGGUGCGGUCAAUCGUAGCAUAAAUUUGGGAGGACAAAGCGCUUUUGCUUUAAGGUUGCUUCUGGCAGUUUUCUCUUCAAAGAUUUCAUUAGGAGCAAAGGGAUCUUUUGGAGAGGAGUUCCGUGCUGCUCGAAAAUCUUCAGAGGAGGUUGGGGCUCAGAUUGUUUUGGGGGAUCGUCCAAUUGAAAUAACUCUUGAAAGGGCAUGGAAUUCUCUUGUAAGGACUGAGAAGCUGAGAUUGGUAAUCUCACUAUUUCGAGGCAUCACUUCAUCAACUAUUAAUAUCUCUGAAAGUAACUUUAAGGAAACAGACAUAGAUGGAGGUCCAUUUCAAUUAUAUCAACAACUGAGCAAAUCCUAUCCAUCUCUUUUGCAGCCUCUCAUGUAUGAACGUGAUACGUAUCUUGCAUGGUCUUUGAAGAGGAGCAAAGCUGUAAACAACAGCAAGAGGGUGGUGGGUGUUAUCGGAAAGGGCCACAUGAACGGGGUGGUUUAUGCGUUAAUAUCUGACCAAGGGAACCUUCGAUUCCGCGACCUCGCCGGAAGCAAAGCAGGCAGUGGUUCUAAUGGUUGGGUGAGUUCUUUACUUAAGAGCUUAGUUAGAGACACCAUCUUAGGCUUUAUCUUGUGGGCAAUCUAUGAACUGCUUGAGAACAUGCUGCCCAUUUCAGGCUUAUUUUAGUACUGGCUUUAUAUUGCAAGCGCUAAUCACAGUAAUCUGUUUUAGUUGUUUUUGAUUGCACAUUCUUCUCAUUUGUGAUUGAUGGUACAGUUAGUUUAGGAUUUACCCUAAACUUAAAAGA